AUGGCAGUAGGUGCCCAGCAGGUAGUAGGCGUCCAGCAGGCAGUGGGUGUCCAGCAGGCACUGGGUGUCUUGCAGGCAGUAGGUGUCCAGCAGGCAGUAGGUGUCCAGCAGGCAGUAGGUCUCCAGCAGGCAGAAGUGGGUGUCCAGCAGGAAGUGGGUGUCCAGCAGGAGUGGGUGUCAGCAGGCAGUAGGUGUCCAGCAGGCAGUAGGCGUCCAGCAGGCAGUAGGCGUCAGCAGGCAGUAGGUCUCCAGCAGUCAGUAGGUCUCCAAGAAGGCAGUAGGUCUCCAGCAGGCAGUAGGUCCCUAGAAGGCAGUAGGUACCCAAAAGGCAGUAAGUGUCCAGCAGGCAGUAGGUCUCCAGCAGGCAAUAGGCGUCGAGAUGGCAGUAGGCGUCAGCAGGCAGUGGGUGUCCAGCAGGCAGUGGUUGUCAACCAGGCAGUAGGUGUCCAGAUGGCAGUAGGCGUCCAGAUGGCAGUAGGUGCCAGCAGGCUGUGGGUGCCCAUAGGCAUUAGUCGUCCAGAUGGCAGUAGGUGCCCAGCAGUAGGUGUCCAGCAGGCAGUAGGUGUCCAGCAGGCAGUAGGUCUCCAGCAGGAAGUAGGUAUCCAGCAGGCAGUAGGCGUCCAGGAGGCAGUAGGCGUUCAAAUGGCAGUAGGUGCCCAGCAGGCAGAAGUGGGUGUCCAGCAGGCAGUGGGUGUCCAGCAGGCAGUAGGCGUCAGCAGGCAGUUGGCGUCCAGCAGGUCUCCAGCAGUCAGUAGGUCUCCAGAAGGCAGUAGAUCUCCAGCAGGCAGUAGGUCCCUAGAAGGCAGUAGGUACCCAAAAGGCAGUGGGUACCCAGCAGGCAGUAGGUAUCCAGCAGGCAGUGUAUCCCAAGCAGGCAGUAUAUUCCCUGCAGGCAGUAUAUCCCCAGCAGGCACACUAGGCCCCAGUCGGCAGUAUAUCCCACAGCAGCAUAUACAGCAGGCACAGGUCCCCAUCGGCAGUAUAUCCCCAGCAGGCAGUAUAUCCCCAGCAGUAUAUCCCCAGCAGGCAGUAGGUAUCCAGCAGGCAGUAGGUAUCCAGCAGGCAGUAUAUCCCCAGCAGGCAGUAUAUCCCCUGAGCAGGUAUAUCACAAGCAGGCAGUAUAUUCACAAAGCAAGCAGUAUAUUCCCAGCAGGCAGUAUAUCCCCAGCAGGCAGUAUAUCCCCAGCAGGCAGUAUAUCCCCAGCAAGCAGUAUAUCACAAGCAGGCAGUAUAUCCCAGCAGGCAGUAGGUAUCCAGCAGGCAGUAUAUCCCUCAGCAGCCAGUAUAUCCCCAGGCAGUAUAUCCCCGCGCAGUAUAUCACAAGCAGGCAGUAUAUCCCAAACAGGCAGUAUAUCCCCAGCAGGCGUAGGCAUCCAGCAGGCAGUAGGUAUCCAGCAGGCAGUAUAUCUCCAGCAGGCAGUAUAUCCCCAGCAAGCAGUAUAUCACAAGCAGGCAGUAUAUUCUCAGCAAGCAGUAUAUUCCCAGCAGGCAGUAUAUCCCCAGCAGGCAGUAUAUCCCCAGCAGGCAGUAUAUCCCCAGCAGGCAGUAUAUCCCCAGCAGGCAGUAUAUCCCCAGCAAGCAGUAUAUCACAAGCAGGCAGUAUAUCCUCAGCAGGCAGUAUAUCCCCAGCAAGCAGUAUAUCACAAGCAGGCAGUAUAUCCCCAACAGGCAUUAGGUCCCCAGCAGGCAUUAGGUCCCCAGCAGGCAGUGGAUAUCUAUUGGCAACCCUGA